AUGUCGCCCGCAAGCAGAGGAACUAGAGACUCCGAGAGACGGAAGCUAAGGCGAACGACAAACGCCUGUCGACAAAUUUGGCUGGCUCCAUCAUCAACAUGGUCUUUCACUGCCCGUCUCACCCUAAUGAUGGCUGAGAGAGUCCAAGUUGAAACCCCUUUCAGUGCACCUAGCUUUCUCAAUGACGAAAUAUACCCCUUAAGGUGGAAAGCCUCGACGGUAGAUGGACAACCAGACAUCAGUGGACUUCCUUCCAUUGACCAUGCUAUCUAUCUCUUCAACACCGUAAAGUUCCAUCUUGGUCAGAAUUAUCAACUUAUUGACGAGACAAAUUUUGUCAAGAAUCUAGAAGAAUUCUACUACGGCCUGGCAUCCAAGAAAGCGGCAGAGUCACCUUUGUGGUUUGUACAAUUCCUGCUCGUCUUAUCCUUUGGGCAAGCUUUUCUUUCACGGUCAAAGGACUCAAAGGAACCGCCUGGUGCAAAGUUCUUCGUUCGCGCCAUGGCGCUACUACCAGAGCCGAACGCCUUGUGGAAAGACAGUUUGCUAGCCAUCGAGGUGUUGGCCCUUGCAGGUCUAUAUUUGUAUUCAAUUUAUCAGAGAGAAUCUGCUCAAUUAUACAUAGCUCAAGCGAUUCGGAUAGCCCAAUUAGAGGGUUUGCACACCCAACUUCCUGAGGAUGCACUCGGAACUCAAGUGGUCGCUCGUUGUCGCAACCUCUGGUGGACUUUGUAUAUUAUGGAUCGACAUUUUUCCUGCUCUGUAGGAGUCCCCAUGAACACUCAAGACGCAGACAUUACCACUGUGCUUGACCCCCCGAGUAUAUGCUCGCAGCGUGACGCAACGCUUGGUCUCCAAGUCAAACUCUCGCGUUUGCUAUCAUCAGUCAUUACUACUAUCUACAGGUCCGAGAAGACUCCACUUGGGGAGUUCCUUACUUCGACAAAGUCCAUCAUUCAUGCCUUGGCUGGUCACGCACAGGAGAUUGAGAAGAUAACUCGAUUCAAGUUCCAAAACUCGGUGGAUACCAUGCCGAAAGGAACAAGAAGCAUUACCUUGCUAUACCAUCAGUGUGUUAUCAUGGCUACGAGGCCACUUUUUCUAUCCGCUUUAAAACAAGAGCUUGAGAACUUUGAGUGGUGUGGAAGAGAUCCACAAACCUUCUCAGCUCCCUUGAAGACUCUGGUCGAGACGGGCAUUAAAUCAGCAGUGAAGAGUCUUCAAAUUCUGUCUGGGGAUGAUAGUCUAUUAGAAGUCUUUCUACCAUUUGAGCUGGAAUAUGCUUAUGGAGCUGCCAUACACUUAACAAUGGCCAAGGCACUCUUCCCAGCGGUAAUAGGCGACGAUGGACUGUCUCAGAUGGAACAGACACACAACAUCUUGGAUGACAUGAUCAGUAAAGGAAACUUGGUGGCAGAGGUUCGAAAAGCAGAGUUGGUCCAUUUGGAGACUUUGUUUCGCGAAUUCACGCGGCGGGUGUGCGACCAAGACUUUGAAGACCGUAUCCACUCACCUGCUACAAGGCUUAAUGGGAUACCAUCGGGCUCAAUUGAAGCAGUCAUCGAUCCGAUCACAACUCAAACUUUUGUCAGCGAACCUGACUUGGUGUCUACGACGACGGUGAGUGAGUCGCAGCCGCUCGCGAGUGUAUUUUCGGAUACACCAGAUAACACCGAGUUUCUCGAGACUAUCGGUAUCUCUUCGGAUGACUUCCUUUCAAUCGUGGAACAGAUGGGGAAUGAAAAUGAUCUACCGUUCUCAAUGUUGGAUUUAGGACAAUUUUGGAAGUGA